AGUCAAAUUUCAGUAACGGAACCUGGCCGUCUCCGUCAUCGUCGCCGCACUGCCGACACGAACGCAAAACCGAAACGAAUCAGAGACGAGGCGACGACGACGCCGACGUCAGCGUUUGAGUCGCGGUCGCGUUUGCCGUCGCUGCAGGGACUGUAACUGUAAUCAGUUGUGUAUAGGAUACUCUCGUGUGCGCGUCGCAAGGUUCCUGAAUAACGGCAACGGUUAACUGUGCCGCCAACGAAAACUGGGCUGCUUGGCGGCAACGCACCGCGGUUUGUUCUUAACUUUUAUUUAUGGCUGCUUGCUUGGCUUUUUGCUGUGUCGCUCCAUUCGCAAGCGAAUUUAGGCAACGACAAGAACAACAACAGCCAGAAGAACAACAAAAACAGCAGAAAACAACGUAAAAUUAGAAUGCGUGGUGUGCGUGCGGGUUGAGAGUAAAGUGAAGUGAGUGACAAGUUGGCAAAAACUGAAAAUGUAACAAAAAUGUGCGCAACUAUACAACAAGUAAAUUAAUAAGCCAAAGUCAUUACCAAAUUAAAACGAGACACGCAAAAGACGAAAAAAAAAAGAAAAGCAGGAAGAAACAGACGAGGGCCAAGUCAAGUGCGACGAGCCGAGUCGAGUGUGGCAAGUCAAGAGGUUCUGCUCUGUUUUGUUCUGUUCUGGCUUGGAGCAUCGGGUUUGUAUCAGAGGGAGCUGCUGGCUGCCAUGCUUUGAGGUUAACUCGUCCGUGGUCCUCGUCCUCGUCCUCGCCGUCUUCAUCGUCAUCGUCAUCGACAUCGACAUUGCUGCCGUCAAAGGCAUCGAAGCGAUGCUUGCCUCAUUAGCGACUUAGUGCUUCGAAUGCCGAAAGUGUAAAGGUAAAUGCAGGGGAAGCCAAAUGCAAAUCCAAAUAAUCCAAAGUGAAAGCCAAAACGACAACCGCCCCCCGAAAACAAGAAAAACCACUAAAGGAGUUUACAAGGACACACGAACUAACUAAAUAUAUACAUAGAUCUAAGUAUGUAUGUGAUGCUUGAGUGACCAACGAAUUCGGUUAAUGAGUUGCUUUUUACGAGCGAAUGAAAAUGGAAAUUGAUAUUAUGCUGCAGCUAUAAAUAAACGCGGCAAAUUAAAAUUAAUCAGCAUCCGAGCUUGAAUUGCAUAGCAACAACAGCGAACAACAUUCACAUUAACAUUUAGAUUAACAACAUCAACAACAACAACAACAAAAACAAAAACAACAACAACCAUGGCAUCACCACCAGAAAGUCCCAUUGAAGAGGUGGUCUAUGAGUUGGAACACACACGCGUGCCUAAGCCCAUCCCAGUUGCCCUCGAAGAUUUGUGCCGCCAAACCAAGUUCACCAAGCAGGAAAUCCGCGUCAUGUACAGAGGAUUUAAAACGGAAUGUCCUGAGGGUGUGGUGCACGAGGAUUGUUUUAAGGAUAUUUACGCCAAAUUCUUUCCACAUGGCAAUUCCAGCUUAUACGCUCAUUAUGUGUUCAAAGCUUUUGAUGUUAAUUGCAAUGGCGCCAUUAGUUUUCGGGAUUUGCUAGUCACCUUAUCUACGCUCUUGCGGGGCUCCGUCUAUGAACGUCUCCGCUGGACCUUCAAGCUGUAUGACCUGAACGGAGAUGGUCGCAUCAGUCGCGGCGAGCUGAGCGAAAUUGUUUUGGCCAUACACGAGCUUAUGGGAAGGAGGCCACAUCAACCAGAGGACGAUCGAAAGGCGAGGGAUCAGGUGGAUCGAGUUUUUCGCAAAUUGGAUUUAAAUCAGGAUGGCAUCAUAACGAUAGAAGAGUUUCUUGAGGCGUGUCUCAAGGACGAUUUGGUAACGCGCUCAUUGCAAAUGUUCGACAAUGACCUUUGAUGACAAGACGAACCAGAGAUACGCAAUACAAGGACUAUAAUACCGCUUAUAGAUCUAUAGAUUGAAUAAACAUAUGCUGCGCCAGUUUCACCAAGCAAAAUCAAAGACAACAUUAAUUGUUUUGAAUAAAUGUGUGUGUGCAAAGUUCAACGGUCAAAUGACACCAGUAUAACAAUGAUAUAAAAGAAGA